AUGACCGACUUGGAAAGUGCAGAUGCUAAGGCGUCAGAGCCCGUGCAGUCAAUCGAAGUCGAGCCUCCCCGGAAGGACGAAGGCGCGACCGACGCGAAAGAGGAGGCUGCUGCGGACGAUAAUGCUGAGGAGGACGCUGAAGCCGACGAAGAUGAUGCGCCAGGAGAAGAAGGCGACGGCCGCCCUGUUUCUCGUGACCAAUACAAAGCCCUCAAGAGCAUUACGGAUACCUUGACAAACCAUAAGAUUCAGGUCAAAAAUGAAGACUACUUUCCCUCGCAACUGUUCAAGCGCAUACCGAAUCGAAGGGUCCUGCCAGAUUACCACGAAAUCAUCAAGGAUCCCGUCGCCAUUAGUACUCUUAAGCAGAAGAUCCAGAGGAAGCAAUACACAGGCAUUCCUGAGUUCGUCCGGGACUUUGCCAUGAUCGUCCACAACGCUCAGGUCUAUAAUCGACCCAACUCUGGCCCAGUGCGCGACGUGUUCUUGCUGCAAAACGUCUUCAAGGAGGAGCUGAAGAAACUGGUAGAUGAAGGCUUGAUCAAGGAAGAGGAAACAGUCUUCCCAGACCUUGGAGAGAUACCCGACGCGACACCUGAGCCGACGCCCGUUUCAGAGGAUGACGAGGACAAUGACGACGAGGACGAGGAGGAUGAGGAUGAGGACGGCGCCGAGGACGAUUCAGAUGAUGGCAAGCGAAAGAGACGCAGAAGAGGUGGCCGGACCAGUAUUUCUGGACGCAAAGGCCGCGAUGACGAUGAUAAGGCCGGCGAGCCCAAGCGGCGAGGACGUCCUCCCAAGGUCGACACCCCUAUGGAAGCUCGGGUCAAAGCCAUUCUCAAAGGUCUUCGGAAGCCCAAGGACAAGGCCGGCAACCUGAAAAUCCGUCACUUUGAGCGACUACCCGACAAGCAGGAGUACCCAAGUUACUUCGCUGAGAUCAAAGACCCAAUUGCCCUCGACAUGAUCAAGAAGAAAGCUAAGCGGAAGAAGUAUCAAUCCCUCGAGCACUUCAUGAAGGAUAUUGAUCUUCUUUUCAACAACGCAAAGCAGUUCAACGAGGAUGGUAGUGAGAUCUAUCAAGAUGCUGCAGACUUGCACGCAGAAGCGCAGAAAUUAGUUGAGAUUGAGAAAGCCAAACCCGAUGACGAGUACCUUAUGGAGGAUGGGCGGAGACCCUUACCGAACGGCAUCCUCCACAAGAAUGAGCUCUGGCGGGUCGGUGAUUGGGUUCAUCUUCAGAACCAGAAUGAUGUGACAAAACCCAUCGUCGCUCAAAUAUACCGAACCUGGGAAGACACCGAGGGGCAGAAAUGGAUCAAUGCUUGCUGGUACUAUCGACCCGAACAGACGGUGCAUCAGUACGAGAAGCACUUCUGGCCGAAUGAAGUUGUCAAGACCGGGCAGUAUCGAGACCACCAGAUCGACGAGGUCCUCGACCGUUGCUUUGUCAUGUUCUUCACCAGGUAUACCCGGGGCAGACCUCGCAAUAUCAGCACAACCACCGAGGUCUACGUCUGUGAGGCUCGAUAUAACGAGGAAAAACACAGGUUCAACAAGAUCAAGACCUGGGCCAGCUGCUUACCCGACGAGGUUCGGGACAAGGACUAUGAAAUGGACUUGUUUGACAACCCGCGGAAGAUCAAGAAAGUGCCCAGUCCACUCAAGCACUUGUUGAAGGACGAUAUGAAGGAGUCGGGUCCUCUCCCUACGCCGCAAUGGGGUCAUCCGAACGCACCACCUAUAGUUGGAGGCAUUCAUAAACAACCCCGCGAUGAAAACCAAUCACCACCACCUGAACCAACUCCUCCGCCACCUCCUACACCCCCGCCGCCUGUUGUAAGACAGCCAUCCAUGAGCACUGUCACAAGCAUGGCGCCACGCCCGGUUGUCAACGGUGCAAGCCACACACCUACAUUGCAGCCUCAACUCACACGCCCGUCACCGUCCUUGACCCCGAACCCAUAUCAACACCAAUCGAUCUCCCCUGCUCCGCAGUACGGCAGACAGAACUCUUUCGCACAGUCACAAACCACAUACCGUGCCAACAUUGCCCCAUCGACACCAGCCCUUCAGCAAAACCAUCAUUCGUAUUCCACGCACCAACAGAUCCAACCUCAACCAAGCCUGACUCCAGCCCGCCAAGGAAGUUACACCUCAUCAGCCACUCCUUCUCAUUCCCAAGCAGCCUUUAGCCGGCCUCUGUAUCAACAACAAACCUCGACCACAGCGCCCACCUCCCAACCAUACUCAAACUACUCUGCAGCGACCCCCGCUGCCGCAAGCACUUACCCGGACCACCGCGCCAGCGACGUUUUUGUACUCUCCGACACCGCCAACGCAUCCAUUCCAAAAUCCAUCCGCGACAAGUUCCCGCAGGAUGAUCAGGGGCGGAUCUUGUUCUUCACGAAGCCGCCCGUGGUGCAUGACAUGACUGUGCGCGGCAAGGAAGGGCAGGUGUUGAAGCACACGGAGCGGUAUCUCAAGGCGAAAGCAGAGAGGGAGGAGAGGAAACGUGCGAGGAAUCUAGAGAAAACAAGGUUGGAAGCUGCGAAGAGAGUCAGAGUCUGA